ACUGGAUGCAAAUGAUUCGUCUGACGUGCUGGUCGGGGUUUCGUGGAUGCAGCACGGGUUGCUUUUGUCAGUCUAAUGUCCGCUCAGGGUCUCCUGGGCUUGGGAUUCUGUCUGCUUUUCGGAAUACGGGUUGGGGUAUGACACUCGAACAAGCUUGCUGCCCGGCCUGGAAUGCUGCCGCUCUACUCCAUUAGAGUAGGAUUGUUUCGUACCGAGUACCGAACGGCUUGGUGGCGGUUUAGUGGGCCGCAUGAGUCGUGUGUGCGUGGUUGUCCUGGAGGAGGCGACGGACCGGCCCGUGAGGCGUUCCCGUCCUCCCCGGAACGAUUUCUCCAGGGGUGCAGCUGAGCGUGACUCAUUGAAAUCAAAGCCCGCCCUGCUUAAGGCCAUAUUUAACGUGGACCCGGACGAGGUCCGCACCCUCGUACACAAGAAGGAAGAUAUCAAUGUGCAGGACAGCGAAAAGCGGACCCCCUUACACGCAGCCGCUUACCUGGGCGACGCUGAGAUCGUGGAGUUGCUCAUUUUAUCAGGAGCAAGAGUGAACGCCAAGGAUACCAGAUGGUUGACCCCUCUCCAUCGGGCGGUGGCAUCCUGCAGCGAGGAGGCCGUCCAGGUCCUGCUGAAGCACUCGGCCGACGUGAACGCGCGCGACAAGAACUGGCAGACGCCGCUGCACGUGGCAGCCGCCAACAAGGCCAUGCGCUGCACCGAGUCACUGGUGCCGCUGCUGGGCAAUGCCAACGUGUCGGACCGAGCCGGCCGCACACCCCUGCACCACGCUGCUGUCAGUGGGCACCAGGAGAUGGUGAAGCUGCUGCUGUCCAGAGGUGCCAACAUCAACGCCUUUGAUAAGAAGGACCGGAGAGCGAUCCACUGGGCAGCAUAUAUGGGGCAUGUGGAGGUGGUGAAGCUGUUGGUUUCCCAUGGUGCAGAGGUGACCUGCAAAGACAAGAUGUCCUACACCCCCCUGCACGCAGCCGCCUCCAGCGGCAUGAUCAGCGUGGUGAAGUACCUGCUGGGCCUGGGAGUUGACAUUAACGAGCCCAAUGCCUUUGGCAACACUGCGCUCCAUGUGGCCUGCUACAACGGGCAGGAUGUGGUGGUGAACGAGCUGAUCGAGUGCGGCGCUAACGUCAACUGCAGCAAUGGCGAGGGCUUGGGGCCGCUGCACUUCACCGCUGCGUCGCGCCACGGGGCACUCUGCCUGGAGCUGCUGGUGGCCAGCGGGGCCGACGUCAACAUCAAGAGCAAAGAUGGGAAGAGCCCCCUGCACAUGACGGCCAUUCAUGGAAGGUUUUCCCGUUCCCAGGCUAUCAUCCAGAGUGGCGCCGAGAUAGACUGUGAAGACGUGAAUGGAAACACUCCCCUGCACAUAGCCGCACGGUACGGACAUGAACUGCUCAUUAACACGCUCAUCGCCAGCGGGGCUGACACUGCCAAGCGCGGCAUUCACGGCAUGUUCCCCCUGCACCUGGCCGCCCUCAGCGGCUUCUCCGACUGCUGCCGCAAGCUCCUCUCCCCCGACUUCAGCGUUGACAGCCCCGACGACCUGGGAAGGACCUGUCUGCACGCGGCAGCGGCCGGAGGGAACCUGGAGUGCCUGAAUUUGCUGCUUAACACCGGGGCAGAUUUCAACAGGAAGGAUAUGUCCGGAAGGACCCCCCUACAUUACGCUGCGGGCAACUGCAACUACCAAUGCCUGUUCGCCCUUGUGGGCUCCGGCGCUGCUGUGAACGAUGCUGACGAGCGAGGCCGCACUCCGCUGCAUUUCGCCGCCGCCUCCGACGCCCACGGCAAGUGCCUGGAAUAUCUGCUGAGGAACGACGCCAAUCCGGGGAUCCGCGACAAGCGGGGCUACAACGCCGUGCACUAUGCUUCUGCGCGCGGCCACCGCCUGUGCCUGGAGCUGAUCGCAAGUGAAACACCCCUAGAUGUGCUCAUGGAGACGACUGGGCCAGAUCUUCUGUGCGACACUGAUAUGCUGGUUCCCGUCAGCCCACUGCACUUAGCCGCUCGUCACGGCCACCACCAGGCAGUGGAGGUCCUUGUGCAGUCCCUGCUAGACCUGGACGUGCGGAAUAAAGACGGCCGCACACCCCUGGACCUGGCAGCCCUGCAUGGUCACGUGGAGUGCGUGGACAUCCUGAUCAACCAGGGCGCCUCCAUCUUGGUCAAGGACUACGUUCUGAAGCGGACUCCCAUUCACGCCGCAGCUGCAAACGGCCACGCGGAGUGUCUGCGUCUGCUGGUGGGGAAUGCAGACGCGCAGGCGGCCGUGGACGUGCAGGACGGCGCUGGGCAGACCCCCCUGAUGCUGUCCGUGCUGAAUGGAAACUCGGACUGCGUGUGCUCUCUGCUCAACAAGGGAGCUGACGUCAAUAUCAAGGACAGGUUGGGUAGGACUGGCUUACACCGUGCGGUGGCGAUGGGCCGUGAGGACAGUGUGGACCUCCUGUUGCAAAACGGGGCAAACAUCUUGGCCCGGGACAGUAGGGGCCGCACUCCUGUGCACCUGGCGGCCGCUGGCGGACACGUCAGCAUCCUGGGGCUGAUGCUGCAGGCUGCACGGUCAUUGGAAACGCCCCCCCUCAUCACCGACAAUCGGAGAUACACCCCUUUGCACUGGGCCUGCUACAACGGUCAUGACCCCUGUGUCGAAUUGUUGCUGGAGCAAAACGUGUAUCAUGGAGAUGGAAACCCUUUCAGUCCUCUGCACUGUGCCGUGAUAAAUAACAACGAGGGCGCUGCCGAGAUGCUAAUCGAAACCAUGGGUCCCGCCAUCGUGAAUGCCACGGAUUCGAAAAACAGGACGCCACUGCAUGCCGCUGCCUUUGCAGACCACGUGCAGUGCCUGCAACUCCUGCUGGGACAGAGCUCGCAGGUGAACAGUGCCGACACGUCCGGGAAGAGCCCACUCAUGAUGGCCGCCGAGAACGGGCAGACCAACGCCGUCGAGGUGCUGGUGAACAACACGAACGUGGAUCUUUCACUGCAGGAUGCCAACAAGAACACUGCCCUUCAUCUCGCCUGCAGCAAGGGGCAUGAAACUAGUGCCUUGUUAAUACUUGAGAAGAUAACUGACCGGAACCUCAUCAUAUCAACGAACGCUGCUUUGCAGACUCCCCUACACGUGGCGGCCCAUAAUGGUUUGACCUUGGUGGUACAGGAACUGCUCGGAAAGGGUGCGAGUGUUCUUGCCAUCGACGAAAAUGGAUACACACCAGCCCUGGCCUGCACUCCGAACAGAGACGUGGCCGACUGCCUGGCCCUCAUCCUGGCGACGAUGAUGCCAGCCUCCCCCAGCCCAACAACCCCCAACCUCUGCUUCAGUGCCCUUAACCACUACCCAAGUGCCUUCAAGGCAGUGACCUUCAGGGGCAGCUCUGUCUCCUACUGCGGCCUCAACAGCAUCAGCCGGCACGAUGGCGUCCACGCGCCAGGCGAGGAGCUCAACGACUCCGACUCCGAGACCUACUGAGGGGGGACGGGUGCCUGAACCCUGGCUGGAGACGGAGGAGGCCACUUGGACCUCUCUGCAGAAAGCCCCUCCGUCCAGCUUCAUCCUCUUCUACUGCCUUUGCUCUAGUUCCCCAGGUUGCUUUUCUUGUCUGGUUUUUAAAAAUGGAAAAAGGAAGCUCAGAGUGAAUUGGGGUGGAGUCCUUAAAGACCCCACGGACCGAUCCGGAAGACGUUACCGGUCCAAAGAAGCAAUGGGCUUGUCACAAAAGAGACACCAGCUAAAAUCUGUGCCAUUCCGACUGACAAAAACACGCGACCUUUUCUAUAGAUGUGGGCAAACAGCAGUUGGGGAAAUGAACUUUCCCGUGACCCUUGACGAGAGAAUGUGGUGCCGUUUUUUUUUCCAGAAGGGGCGGAGAAACUGUAUAUUUACGGUAUUUAUGAGUUAGAAUCUUAGUGGAUGUGUUCAGCACUGUGAGGGGAGCUGAGUAGCGAGCACAUGCCCCUGAUUGCUAGUGAUCUUUUUAAUGACUGUUUUACAUUAGCGACACGUGCGGUGUGUCGAUGCACGUGCGUUUGUGCCUUCAUGAAGUGUGACGUGGCCCAGCUACAUCCCCGCGUCCCUCUUCACUGAGUAGCACUGCUAGUCUGAGUAAGUGAUCCUGGAUUUCUGUACAUCAUACAGUUUGUACCAGUUGCAGGUCAGCGGUGGGAUUUUUCCCUAAAUAUUAUUACGGUUGAAUUAAAAAUUGGAUAAAAGUGUAUGAUUGAAAUACAUCUGUUCAAACAUUCUUACAAGUGUUUUAAAUUGGAGAUGUGUACAAUUUAUAAAGCUUAUAUUAAACGUGGAAGAACAUUAA